AUGUUUAAGAAAAAUCCAGAACCGAAGGCUUCUGCCAAUAUAAAAUCUUCCGAAAGAAGGAAACUUUUGGCCAAUAUUUGUAAUAUUUACAAUAUCCCACAAGAAAAAUUGACAAAAGAGGCAGAACUUGCCAUCCUUCCAGCUGUAACCAAGCAAGCUACAUUCAAGAGUCCACAAGGAUUUAGUGGUACCAUAUAUUUCAAUGAAGAUGAAACCCCUACUUGGUUUAAAUCCAGAGACUCGCAAGUUUUCCCCUCUGUAUUCACCGCUUGGAGAGCUCCAUUCAUUGUACCAAGAAUAAAGACACAUCCACAUGUCAUUGAAAUUUUAUCUGGUGGAGCUGACUUGAUGCUUCCGGGAUCGAUCCCACCAUUUGAUCUGCGUGCAACUAAGGGGUGUGUAGUUGGAAUUGUCGAUAGUGCAAACCCAACUGUCAUUAAGGCUAUUGGUAGAUGUAAGAUGAAUAUGACUCAAUUCGACUAUGUUAUAGGGAAAACUGGAGUUGCAGUCGAGAUCUUCCAUUCUCUUGAUGACGAAUUAUAUAAAUUGAACAAGUUUGUAGAUAUUCCUAUUCCUAAGGAACUUGAUAUAAACGUUCCAUUGGUGGAAGAAGAGGAAGACAACGAGGAAAGAGGUGAUGAUUCAGAAGAAACUGGAAGUAAUAUAACCUCUGAAAAUUUUGAACCUGAACCAGAAGUUGAUAAUCUGACAAAAUCUAAAAAGGAAGAAAUAAGUACUGAAUCUAAUGAUGAUCUUGGAGAAACCAUUCAAUUAACCACUGAUGAAGUUGACAAUUUCUUUAAAAGAGCACUCUUCCAAUCAAUUCAAAAGGAUGAAAUUGUCCUUCCAAUGACAUUAUCCAACUUUAUGUCUAAUCAUGUGUUGAAAAAUUUACCAGCUGUUCAUCCAGACUUGUGUAAUAUCAAGAAAACUUCAUGGAAAAAAUCAUCUAAAUAUUUAUUGGCCAUGGAAAAGGAAAAGUAUUUAUCUACUAAACGUCAAGGUAAAGACGAUUUGGUGGUUGAAUCAUUGAUUCCAAAAUCUCAUCAAUUAAUCGCUACAUUUGUUCCUCAUAAAACAGGAUCACUGGCACCUAAAAAGGUUGAAAAAUCAAAUAAAAAGGAUAAAUCAAAUGAACUCUCAGUAGUGUACCUUUACAAGCCUACAAGUAAUGCGAAGGCAUUUUUCAAUUCCAUGGGAAGCAAUGUAUCCGCUAUGUACAGCCCUACACAAAUAAGAUCUUUAUUUGAGAAUUAUGUCAAACUUAAAGAUUUAGCAAACAAAAAGAAUCCAAAGCAGGUUGUUUUGGAUGAUACUUUGAACUCAAUGACAAAAUUGGGAUUAGGUACAUAUCCAAGAGAUAACGUGUAUAAGGCUAUCCUUUCCCAUUUGUCUCCUUCGUAUGUUAUCUUGAAACCUUCGGAAACACUUGAAAGUGAUGGUGUAAAAGCUGUUAAGGGAACUCCACCAAAAAUUUCAAUUAUUACCGAAAUGAAAAUUGGUAGAAAAAUCGUUACUAGAGUUGGUAAUUUCGAGCAUUUCCAUAUUAAACCACACUUAUUAUCAGAUGAACUUAAGGUGAAAUGUUCCGGAUCCGCAACAACAGGUCCAUGUGUUCAAAAUCCAAGUAUUACUGAGGUUACAGUUCAAGGUCCUCAUGGUAAAUUAAUCACUGAAUUACUUACACAAAAGGGUAUACCAAUUUCAUUUAUAGAGUUUGAAGAUAAGGUUAACAGAAAAAAGCGUAAAUAG